GGGUCGCGGUCAAACGGGACACCGAGGCACCAACAAAAAUUUAAAAAAAAAGAAGGGGAGAGGGGAGCGGAGAGCGGCGCGGCGGCGGCCCGGGCGCCGGAAGGGAGGAGAGCAGAAGAGGCGAUGGCGGCCAUCGGCUCCUCCAACAUCGGAUUCCAGCUGCUCAAGAAGUCAGGUUGGAAGGAGGGCACCGGUCUCGGAGCGCAAGAGCAGGGAAGGUUGGAGCCUGUAGAGACUCGUGUUAAGAACAACAAGCGUGGUCUAGGUUCUAAAGAACCAAAACCAAAGCCAAAGGUGGAGGAUGAUGUUGAAAAAGAUCCCCAAAAGCCCAAGCAGGACAUGCAAUCAAAGAAAAGGGCAAAGCUAGCUGCAAAGAGGAUAAGGAAGAUGCAAGAAGAGGAGAAGCGAUUGCAAGAGAAGGAAUUGGAGAUGGCUUUCUUUAGGGAAUUUUGGCCUGAUAAUGUGUAAAGCAGAGCUACUGACCUUGACUGAUAAGGCGAAUGUACAGGUUAUUAAACGCAUAGUAUGUUUCGUCAUCCCAUUUAAUGUGAGCCAGUAUCCAAUUGUCAUUCAAUUCUCACUAAUAUGUGUUGCUGUAUUACAUGUGAUGGUUCUUGGAAAAUAUGAUUUGGGUUGUUUGUAAUAUCCAGUUUCGAUAUCCUUGGUGUAUUUUACGCCAUUUGAACUUA